AUGCAAGGUGCAACAGUUAUGACGGUGGUAGAUCUUAAAGGUGGAUUUUAUAAUAUUGAGAUAAGAGAGAAGGAUAAGUUUAAGACUGCAUUUGAGUUCAAUAGAAAAGUGUACGAAUGGAAUUCAAUGGUCAUGGGAUGUAAAAGCUCGCCACAAAUAUUGCAGAGGAUUAUGGAUAAUAUCUUUCAAGAUUUAAAAGGGAAAGGGGUAGAAAUUUAUAUGGACGACAUUGUUAUAUACAGUAGUAAUAUUGAAGAAUAUGAUCGAUUAUUUAGAGAAAU